AUGAAAUUCUUUUGCAAACUCAUCACAAUAAUAUUUACAGUUUGUGUAGUUCAAUGUAGAGAAACUGUAAGAAAUCCAAAGUCAGUUAAGGUUAAUGAUAAAAUCAUAUAUGAUUGUGUGGACAUAAAUAAGCAACCUUCGUUGAGUCAUCCCCUACUCCAAAAUCAUAAAAUCCAGCUGAAGCCAUCUUUCUCAAUAUCUAAACCAAAAGAUAAAAGUAAAUCCAAAAUUCAAAGUAACAAAAUCAUCGAGUGUUCAGAUGGAACUGUUCCUAUACUAAAAUAUACAAACGUAUUUGUUACAAAUGCUCAACACUGGGCUAAGAAACACUUCAGUCCGUUCACAAUCGACAGUCGUGGAACACAUAUUGCUGGAGUUAGAGCAUUACCAUACCAAGGUCCUUAUCAUGGUGUGACAGCUUUGAUGAGUGUACAUGAUUUAAACAUUAGUGUGGACCAAGCUUCAUAUACUAACAUAUAUGUAGGCAGUGGAGUCAGUGACAAAGUUAAUUUUCUUCAAAUUGGUUGGAUGGUAAAUCCAGCAUUAUUUGGUGACAGCCGCACAUGGAGUUAUGGAUUUUGGAAGGGUGUUAAUGGAACAGGGUGUUAUAACACAAUAUGCCCUGGUUUCAUUCAAGUGUCAAGAACUGAUCCUUUAAGUAUACCUAUCCCUUAUCCCCGCAAAGGAGAUAGAGCUAUAUAUAUUAGUAUUUUACAGGAUAAAAAAACAGGAAAUUGGUGGGCAAUCCAUGUAAAUUACCAUGCACCCGAUUUAAACAUUGGUUAUUGGCCAAAAGAAGUAUUUGAUUUAAUAGGUACCAAUGCGGACAUGGUUGGAGUUUUAGGAGUAGUCCAAGCUUCUCCUUCUGGUAAAAGUCCACCAAUGGGUAAUGGUCAUCUACCAACUAAACAUGAAAAGGAGUCGGCCCGCAUUGAAAACGUUGAAAUCAUUGAUUCACAGUUUAAGGCCGUAGGAAGUAGAAAAUAUAAGUUAGAAAAAUUAUUAGACAGUAACAAAUGUUAUGGAUUAAGAGCUAGAGAAGACCUACCUCUCCACGACCUGUUCACAUAUGGUGGCCCUGGAGGAGACUCUUGUGGAAUUUAA